AUGGAAGAUGCACUGGAUGUGCAAUGCAUCAUGUUGUCUUCUAUGUCUCCCGAGUUGCAGAGACAACAUGAGAACAUGAGUGCUAGGGAGAUUGAUCAGCACUUGCGUGAGCUCUUCCAAGAGAGUUCGAGAGAAGAGAGGUAUGAAACCUCUCAAGCACUAUUUCGUACCAUGCUAGAGGAAGGCAACCAAGUUGGGUCUCAUGUACUCAAGAUGAUAGGGUAUAUAGAGAGGCUCAAGAGCUUAGGUUCCAAGUUGGACCAGGACUUGGCUGUUGACCUAGUCUUGUCGUCGCUACCUCUAUCAUUUUCCCAGUUCGUGUUGAAUUUCAACAUGAACAGCAUGGACAAGAGUUUGACUAAUCUGAUGGUAAUGCUGAAAACUACUAAGAAGGAUAUGAAGGUAAAUCCUUCACUGCAUGCAAUGAUGGUCAGAAAGACCAACAAGCGCCCUAGCACUGGGAAGUUUAAUCCCAAGGCUAAUGUAGUGAAGAAUCCUAGAUAUCAAUCUCAUAAGAAGCUUAAGAAAGGGAUGCAGUGGCAUUUCAUCAAUCGACUGAUAGCGGUCAAACAUGUCAAGAAAGAAUCAUUCUGCAGAUUUAAAGGGUUAGAUUUGAUAUUUCAAUUGACUGAUGGGUAUGAUCAGGUGACUGAUAGAUAA